AUGACGGAGCUGCAGGUGGCCACCCUCGACGUCGCGAGCCUCCGGGCGGACCGCUUGGAGGAGAUCUUCACGUUUCCUGCACUUCCUGCAGUGCGCUCCGACCCCUGGAUGGAGGAAGUCGUCAAUUUCACAUCCACCGUGGCUCGUGGUACUCCGCCGGUGCCGCGGUGCAUCGCUGGCGACCUGAGCUGGCGCCCCUCUUACGUCAACGCGCUGCCGACGCACGCCUUCCUGUGCGCCGCAACUACGCCUACGACCCUAGCAGGGGCCUCUCCUACGCGAGCCGUGGGGGCCGGCAUCGAGCUGAAGCUUGAGAGCGUCGCCUUCCUCCCGCUCGUUCCUCAUCGCGGGCUGGCGAUCUUCUCUGCGCAGGCUACGCGAAUGCGCCGCACUACACGGUUCACGCUCGACCCGGGCACCAUCCUGCUGGCGAGCGACACCGAGGAGCUGCAGAGCCACAUGGAUGCCACCAUGCCGGCCUGCCCAGCCGCCGCCCCUCUCCCGGAGAGGCGGGAGCGAUGGCGCGCCCGGGCCGAGGGGGCACUGACGGCAGCUGCCCACCAGGGGUGGGCACUGCAAGACGGGGCUGCUGAACGCCCCAAGGGACCCCCCCCUACCUCGCGCAGGGUGGCCACGACUCCAGCGCUCCGCGACCAUGCAGACGAGCUCAUCGCUGGCCCUCUUCUGCGCCAGUACGUGGACUCGGCCCUCCGGGGCCGGUUGACAGCUGGCCCGAAAGGCUGGCCGACGCACGCAGAGGCACACAGCAAGAUCUCGAAGGCCAUCUCCGCGAUCCAGCGGGACCUGCUCAGAGAUCGCCGCUCCGAGUGGCGCCGCCUCUUCCAGCACUUCACGACGGACACGUGGAGGGCAGCCACUGCAGGGGUUCAUGGGCCCUCCGAGUGCCCCAGUUUCAAUGCCGAUGACAUGGCGGAGGAGUGGAAGCGAGCGCGUGCCCCGUCAGACCCCAACUACGACGAGCAGAGGUGCGCGGCCAGGUGGGAGCAGUACGCCGCGGAGGCGCACGAGCCCUUGCCGAAGACCGCCAACGCCUACGACGAGGAGUGGCACCCCUCUUACGCCGACUUCCGGGUCGCCGUGCGCAAGGCCAAAGGCAGCGCAGGCUAUGACGGUUGGCACUCUAGCGAGCUCAAGCUGAUCUCCGAGCAUUUCGAGUUCUUGCUUUUCGAACUCUACACGCUAUGGCGGGACACCUGCGAGACCCUCCUGGUCGAGAGGCCCACCACCGAGCUCCAGCACCUCCUCUUCGCCUGGCGGGUUGAUGGGGUGCCAAAGAAAGACCCGACGCAGUCCCGGCCUAUAGGGGUGGGCUCCGUGCUCCUCAGGGCCUGGCUCACAGCCUGUGAGCACAGCCUGCCCACGCCACAAGACGCUCAGUUCGCCUGCAAAGCGGGCUCCACGGUGGUCCACGCCUGCUGCUCGUGGCUGCACGCCUGCCAGCACGGCUCGUGCGGACUGGAGCGGUGCCAGGUGGCGGGGGAGCUGGCCAGUGAGACACUCUGGCCUACGCGCAGCCUCGCUCAAGGGGACAGCACGGCGCCGAAGGCCCUGUGCCACGCACUUUCCCCCUGGGAGAUCAACGGCACCAAGUUCCUUUUCAUGGACGACAGGUCCGCCGUCUUCGACUCCGCCCCGCAGAUGGAGUCGGACGCGCAGGCCACCAACGCCUUCGACUCAGGCACGGGCGCUAUCGAGAACGUCGGGAAGCGCCAGGUCUGGAAGCGAGGGGACAGGACGCAGAUCGAGCACAUCAACAUCCUCGCUGUCCCUGAUGCUCCGGAUGAGCCGAUCACGCCUGCCGGGGGCUGGACCAAGCUCCGCAAGUGCUUGCACGCCAUCCGAGGCCUCCCGGGAGGCAGCGAAGCCAGGGCCACGGCGGUCCGGACCUACGCUAAACCGUUGGGGACUUGGUGUUCCCCGGUUUUCUCUCUGCCACCGCCCGACGUCGUCCCAGCAGCGAUGUCAGCGGUGCUUGCGACGAGGUCCACUUGGUGGUGCCGAGGCCGUUUCUGGGCCUCGAAUAUCGACCUGCACCCCAUCUUCAGCGCGGUGCUCACGGCCAUUGAUCGCAUCACCACCUGGGACCUCCGCUGGAGUACAUUCCUCGAAGUGAAUUUCACGACGUUCUUCGAUGCCAUAGGUUUCGAGUUCCUGCAGUACGACCCAGAGCGCGGAGUGCAGUUCCGACGCUCGGCGGACGAGCCUGAUGUCCGAGUUCGCCGAUUGUGCGGGCGCAGACACAUCUUCUGGAGCGACGAAGAGAUGGUGCCGCACCUCCUUCGCCAAGUAUGCCGGGCGAGAGCUCUUGCCCACGCAUCCGCGUCUCGCCACGACUCGGAGGGGGUCGACCAGAUCGACCUUGAAGCCUCCUCGGCACGAGCGUGGUCCACUUUCCGGGACUCGCUGACCCUGGAGGACAGGAUCCACUUGAAGAUCUUUCGCUGCGGAGCGACACACAGCCCGACGAGAAGAUGGAGCACCACCAGGCCCGAUCUUACGGCGGCCUGCCCGUCCUGCGGGGGUCCCCAUCGACCGAGUGCGCGCCACUACGUGGCCGAGUGCGCCGCCCUGGCGGGUUUCCGGCAGGAGCUGAACGACGCGUACCACAUCCCACCUGGCUGGUGGGCACGCCAGCCGCGGGCGACGCUGAAGACGGGAUGGAUCGCUUUCCCGGCUCACGCGUCCGCGGCCCGCAGAGCCGAGCUCCAGGUGGCCGUCUGCCGCAUGGGGCUCGUUGCCAUGGCGCAGAUGGCAGAUGAUUGCGAGGUGUUGAAGAGAGCCUAG